AACUUGUGUUAGGUUAGAUAAGGCAAUGUUUGAAAGAAUAGGGGAUGGAAAAAAAUGAGCUAUCUGGGAAGGAAGGAAAGUCUGACAGGAAAAUUUCACUGCUGGAAAAAUGUGGCUACUGUGCCAGAGAUGAAAAAUAGCUGCUUACAUCAAAAAAAGACUGCUCCACAGGAACAGUGGCACUGAGAGACGUGGUGGUGAUGACUCAGUGGUUGGACUGGAUGGUCUUGGAGGUGUUUUCCAACCUUAAUGACUCUAUGAAUCUAAAACCCCUAAGAGUACCACCACAGACAGGCGGCCAGCUCCUCCAUGUGCUUCCUUCUAUCACAGAUCGCUUCUGAAAACUGACGACAGAAACCAUUCAGUCUUUGUUGGCAAAUUUGCUUCCCAGGAUAAUUUAGACAGAAUCUCUGCCAACAAAAUCCAAAAGAAAGCUUUACUUACAUUUCAGUCUGUGAAAUGAAGGCAAUGACACAGGACUCAUCCUUGAAAUGGCAUCCAUCUUGUGCCUUACCUGAGUCCCACAGCAAACAACUCCAAAGGAGAACCACCAUAAUCAUUCUGUGAAUAAGCAGUGUCAUUUCAAGUUGUUGUCUGUGUCCUUGUGAAGAAUGAGGUUACCAUGAUACAUGUGAACCAUCUUUCACACUAGGAUAUAUUUUAUUGUGAGAUUCUUUGUACUGAUGUUCUGGAAGGUGACCCAUAGUUUUGCUGUGGUUUGUUGGCUAAGACUUCAGGAACUUGAAGAAACAGGAGUAAGCAGACUCUUUUGAAUUUACUGCCACAUAAGAGAAAUAGAAGAGAAUGACCAUGGUUUCUCAUGGAGCUAAAAGGCGGGCUGCCAUGUCAGUUGAACCAAUUCACAGAAUGCAUCACCAACAGUAUCAAAAUCUGUUAAAGAAGAUGUGCAUGCCAUUUAUCAGAGGUCCUGAGAACAGACAUGAUUUUGCCAGCUUUGAAGAGAAAGACAGCAAUUCUUUCCUUAAAUUCCAUCCAGACACCCCUCCGUUUGGGCCAAAUUACCCCUUAUUCCCACACCGAGAUGAUGUGCCUUUAGUAGAUCCCUGCUCAGGCUUUGUGAGUGUAGGAGGGGAUGCUGAGCUGCAGCCUGGCGUUGGAAAAGUUAUUGAAUCCCUGGUGGACUACAGUGAUGUGAAACCUCACCAGCGGGUCCCCACAGCAGGAAAGGGGGCCCGGACCGCCCACAGGAGGCAUAUGAUCCUCCUGGAGGAAACCAGCCAGGACCGACGGUGGAACUCCAGGGCUGUGCCAGCUGCUUUGAUCAGGGCAAAACUCAGAGGUCAGACAACUUCAGUGAAAGGUUUUCGUGCUCCACUUGACCAACACCAUAAUUUUGCAUUUUGUAUGGAUCCCAAUCUCAAGGAAUCAAAUGAUCCUUCUGCAAGUUGGAGAGAAGAAAAAGCAAAGGACUAUUUCUACAAGUCAAGUACUCAAAAGGCAUAUGAAGAAGUUCCAUGGGAUAAUAUAUUGCCAUCCAAAAUUCAGCCUCCUGAAUCAACAGUGGAAGUGAUGGCUGAUCCUGUUUCCCAAUGUUUCACAAAAAGGAGAUACAAUCCUGAACCUGAAAUAAGCCAAGUUAUUGGAAACCUAUGGGAUAGAUUUCAAAGAAGAUAUUUUACCUCUUCUCAGAGACCUGUUAAUUUUGUAAGCCGAAGCUCUCGAAUCUGUCAGAUCCCUUUGUAUACUGGCUGUGUUGGUGCAGUAAAUUUUGAAGACAUCGACAAUCCCAGUGUGGACUUAAUCAUAUUUAACCAUGUGCAAACUUCAAAGCCUCGCUACACAAGGACUGCACACACUCCAAAUAUCCCUGGAUAUACUGGCAAGGUUCAUUGGUUGGCAACCCAUCCGGCAAAUUCAAAUCUUCCAUCAACAUCACCAUCAAUAAUUUCACAAAUGCAUGGAUACAUAGCAAAAUACGGGAGAUCAUCUCAGUAUAAUCACCAGGGACCUUUUUCUCAGAUGAUGACUCCAGUUAGUCCUCAGAAUCCUUUCAACAAGAUUCAAAAGGGUCAGUCACUUUUACCUGCCUAACUAAGCUUUGGUGUCUGACAGCAAGGAGAAAGGAAAUGUGUGUAUAUUUUAAAUAAAGACCAAAAAUAACCUACAAA